ACUGUAAACUGUCAUUCGCCUCGAAUGCGUAUAGUUCGAGGAAUUUAAUAUAUUUGCCUGUUUGUGUGUGUAUUAACUUUUAUGUUUUAUGUUCAUAUGUUACAAGUGUUAACUUAAGUUUGUUGACUUUGCCAUUGGUUUGACUAAGUGGAACUCUCACCAUGUCUCUGAAGGUGUGCGGAGUGUUGUUUGGAGCCCUUCUGCUGGCCCUGCCUAUAGUUUUCGCGUGCAACGAGGCUAUUUGCGCUAGCGUCGUGUCCAAAUGCAUGUUGACCCAGUCAUGCAAGUGUGACCUGAAGGACUGCUCAUGUUGUAAAGAGUGCUUUAGCUGCUUAAGUACCUUGUACAGCGAGUGCUGCAGCUGUGUUGAUAUGUGCCCUAAACCAAAUGACACAGCAACUGCACUGUCAAAGACAUCCUAUGUGGAAGAGCUGGCAGCUGACAGUGUCCCUGUCCUGUUCAGUAGUCUGACCAGCGAUCCAGACCCGGAGGAGAGGUGGCUGUCAAUCACAUACCCUGUGGAUCUUGACAUAUCUGCGUACAGGCCUGCUAAAGACAAUCAGCUGGUGUAUCAUUUGCAGAGCAUAGAGCAGGAAGCGGAGCCGACCAGCCGCGACGUGGUGACAUUCAACUGCACCAUCGCGUACAUGGCGCAGUGCAUGUCCAGCGACAAGUGCCGGACGCUGUGCCGGUCCAUGGGCGCCAGCAGCUUGCGGUGGUUCCACGAUGGCUGCUGCGAGUGUGUUGGCGAUAAAUGCCUGUCGUACGGCCUCAACGAGAGCAGAUGCCCCGGCUGCCCCGCGGGCAAGGAGGAUGAGGACGAGCUCGCCUUCGACGAGCUGGACUACGGCGAGGAAGUCAUGUCCGUCGCCGACGCCAAGCACAACUCCUAGCCUCUAGGAAGUAAGGUCUGACCGUGCCCCUUUAAAGCUUAUUUUAGUUACACUCUGUAGAAUUUCAUCAGCAGACGGUUACAUGUUGUUUCUAUGUGAAAUUACU